UCGGCGUGUGCAAGUCGUCGCGAUGUCGAUCCAAAUGGGAAAAUUGUGCUCCGUGCUGAUCGGACAGCGAUUUGGCGAGACAGUCCGGACCGUAGCUGACGAUCUCUUCGGCUCCGUCUCCAAAACAAUUCCCAUGAUCCGUCAAUCAACGAAUCUCGAGCGCAAAGACAUCAUAAAAUCGUUGCAGGUUCUCAUCAAAUUUCGUUUCGUGAAAUUCACCGCAUCCACAAUCAACGAUCAAAUGGCCGAAUAUUCGAUAAUUCCGUCGCGCGUUUUGCUCAUGUUGCGAUAUCCGAGCUUUUUGCAGUUCAUGCGGACACGGUGCAAUGUCGUGGCGGCUUAUAUCGUGCUUGAGUUGUUGCGCGAAGGGUUUGCAACGGCAUCCGAAAUUAUUGUGCAAGCGGUGAAGAAGAACUCGGAGGAACAGAAUAUGGAGGCGAUUGUGGAAUAUCGCGAUAAAUUCGUGGAAUUAGUUUCUCUAGAGUAUAUCGCACGAACUCCGGUGCCCGUGAGCGAAAACGAAGCAGUGCCAAAACUCGAAAUUGACGAGGGAAAAUUAUUCGUUGUGCCAACAAUCGAUUUGAAUGUCCUCAAUGACCUUUUGAACGACAAAUCCGUCGAAAUUCCGGACAAAGACGUUUAUUGGGGCGUCAAUUACGACAAAUUCAACCAAGAAUUCCGGGAUCAACUGAUGAUUUCGUCGCUAGAACGUCGAAUUGACGUCAAUGCCGGUGACUGUUUGAAACACAUGAUUGCUUUGAUGUACACUCGUACGACGGCGUGGGAGCCAAUUUCCGCCCCCAUCUCGUUGGCAGAGUUGCGACAUGCUAUAGAGAAAAAAUCGCUGUCCGUGCCGCUCGUGAAGCACCUUGAGGAAUACUUGUCCAUGAUCAAUAGCGACACAAUUGGCUUCAUUUCGAAAGAGAGUGACGUUGGCGGCGGUCAAUAUCGCAUUCAAAUUAAAAAAGUAAUUACGGAACUUACGUGGACUUGCAUUGAACACGUGAUUACCGAGAAAUUUGGCAGCAAGGCGGCGCGGAUUUUUCGCGUGGUCAAGUUGAAAAAGUACAUCGAGCAGGAGGAUAUUCAAAAAGAGGCGAUGAUUCCGGCGAAAGAAGCGAAACUUCUCAUCUAUAAAUUGAUGGAGGAGAAUUUCUUGCACAUUCAUACGGUACGGAAGGCAGGAGGAGGUGGAAAUGGUCCCGCGAAGAGUUUUUAUCUAUUUCACGUGAAACUGCAUCAAAUUGUGAAUAUGCUGCUGGAUAACUGUUACAAGGCAAUUUUUAAUGCAAUUACGAGGAUAACAGAUGAUGAGACACAAAAUAAGCGACUGCGGGACAAAAAACAAAGAUUGGAUGUGAUUGUUGAUGAGAUGGAAAGUCGCGGUGAACCCAAAGAACUCAUCAUUGAGUUACAAAACGACACAUUAACGCCACCAGAGAGAGAAAUUCUGAAUAAAGUCAACUUGAGACUCGGCACACUAAAAAAUGCAAUGUUAGCGAUCGAUGACACACUUUUUCUACUUCAAAUGUACGUUUAUUACAACACAGCAAAAUAAAAUUCGUUUUUUUUUUAUCUUA